UGCUCGCGAGAUUGAAUUUCUCGAAGAUUUGGAUACGUCAAUGUGUACCUUCGCCCGCGUGCCCAAUGAACCUCCAUGAAUCCGAGUCCCCACUUAUAGCCUGGUUUGACGGUUGUGUGUACCUUCGUCCAUGGCUGGAGGACACAUACAGCUCGCGUCGCUGCGUACCGGUGCCAACCGGCUGUGGCUUGCUUUUACCACAAGUUACACGCUACUUGGAUUAUAUAUACAAGCCGUACGCUUCUUAUCCAUAGGCCACGCCUGUGUCUUGCCGGCUGCGAUCCUCAUCUUCCUGACUUUUCGACGCUCUUACUCCUCCCUUCUCUGCAGCUAUCUGAGGCAGAGUUUUGGCGCAAAGUGUUCAGGAUGAACCAUCAGUUCCGUUCUGCUAUCAAACGAAUGUUUCGCUCCCAACCAUCCAUCGUG